CUCUCUCCCGGGUUGGGAAAACCCCGAGCAAGAGGAGAGCCGGUAGCGAGGAAGAGGACUCAUUCCUCUGGUUCCGACAAGGCAGCUGAGACAUUUUAUGAAAAAAAAAUCUGGAAAUGGUAAAGGAAUAAAAAAAAGUCGACUCUCGCCGCGGAAGAGAAGAAGGAUAAAGGCGGAUGUGCCUCCGACUGCGCCGCGAAUGUCGCCCCCCGGACCUCCUUAAUGCCAAGAUUUACACAGGUCCGAUUCCGGCCGAGCGAGAGGGUGAGCUGGCCAUGGGGGUGGGUCGCAGUGAAGCCUCUCCGCUGAGCGGGCCAGUGGGGCAAGGCCUCAACACAACCCAGAAUUCCCAGCGACCAAGCGCCUGCUGCUUCUGCUGGUGCUGCUGUUGUAGCUGUUCAUGUCUUACCAUCAGGAAUGAAGAUGAGAGGAGGAGGCACAGGAGGAAGAGGAUAUCACAGGACAACAAGAUGGAAACAAUACCAAACUGUGAAGCUUGUAGCACCAAACCCUCAGUGGAGGAAAUGCAGCUCUGGUCUCAAUCUUUCGACAAGCUGAUGAGGAACCCGGCGGGUCGCAAUGUUUUUCGGGAGUUUUUGCGCACAGAGUACAGUGAGGAGAACAUGCUGUUCUGGCUGGCCUGUGAAGACCUCAAACAGGAAAUUAACAAGAACAUCAUUGAGGAGAAGGUGCGCUCCAUCUACGAGGACUACAUUUCCAUACUGUCACCAAAAGAGGUGAGUCUGGACGCUCGCGUACGGGAGGUGAUCAACAGGAAGCUGCAGGACCCGACACCUCAGACUUUCGAGGACGCCCAGUUGCAGAUCUACACACUGAUGCACAGGGACUCCUACCCACGAUUCCUCUCCUCCACCAUCUACAAAUCACUCUUUCACGGGAACUCACGGAGCUCCUCUGAGUCCUAGUCCAGCACUGUCCUACACGCUUCCCUUCUGACCAUUUCUUAUCCCUACAGGUGAUACUGCCCUUACCCCAAAUCUAUGCCAUGACUGCCAAGACUUUACAAUGGCCAAGACACCUCAAGUCCGCCUCUGUCCCAUCCACCCUCUUGUGCAUUUCCCCUUUUUCACAUUCACAUCUUCCUUUUUAGUCUGUUUUUUCAUUCUCUUACGUUAAGGACAAAUCCAAACCAGAGGUACUCUCACAAAACCAUGAACAAUUGAUUGAUAAGGCCAGAGAGCAUUCAGUCUAACCACGUUACACAGCCUCUGCCCACUGUACUUGUGGCAGUGCUUAAAUGAUUGUUUGAUGAUUCUUUUUUAUGUUUUAGAACUGGAACUGACCCCUGCUUGUCGGUGAUGACACCUUGUCAUCUGACAUACUUUUGAUAGUCUUUAUAAACGGUACGGAACAUUUUUAGUCAAUCCGCGUGAAUUAGUGCUUCAUAUUUCCAUGUUUGAGGACAGCAUGUCGAAAUGAAGAAGUUGCUAACUUCGUUGAGCUGAAACUGAAGGAUUCUGCCUUAUACUGCAUUGACUCACGGUCGCCAACCAGUGGAAUAAAGUUGUAUUACAAGAGAAGACCCACCAGCGCUACGGUAGCUUAGUGAGGCUAUAAUUAAUGUCAAUACAAUGUGUACUGUAAUGGAGCUAAAAGUACCCCCAGACACAAAGUAUUAAUGUAGUAUAAUACUAUCAUUAUAGUAUUUAAAUUUAGAAUAGUAUUAUUCAAUGCGGGCAGCAUUGUGGUUGAGUGGUUAGCACGCCAGCCUCACAGUUCUGAUGUUUGGCAUUCAAAUCUCAGCCCUGGCCUUCCUGUGUUGAGUUUGCGUGAGUUUUCUCCGAGUACUACAGUUUCUUCCUCCAUUCCCAAAACAUACGUUAGGUUCACUGAAGACUCUAAAUUUGGGGGUUUUAAAUGGAGCCUUCUAUUCCAAUUAGAAUUGGUUUAGAAGCCCAAACUGAGUGAAAAUGCUCCAUAUAAACACCUCAAUUGAAAUAAACAGACCGAAUCCGAAUGGACUUUCAUUCAGUUUCACAGGGGCGGAACAUUCCUUUUGCCAAACCGAUCGGAAUUCAAAUUUUAUAAACCAUGAAUUGGAAAGGAGCCGGGCUGCGCUCUGUCUGUGCAUGCUCUCUGUUGACGUAAAUGUGCGGUGACGUCAUCGUUUACACACGGAAACAAGGCGCCUCCCAACCAGAGCUCUUAUGCGACGGAUAUCUUUUGAACUACAUGCAACUUGUUUUGCUCAAGCUGUUGUAGAAUCCCAACUGCUGUGAUAAAUAGACGACGGACCUCCAUCUUGAUAAAAUGACGUUCACGACGAAGUGCGCGUGUCACACGGCUGUUCCGAUUAAAUGUAAUGCACAUCAUGUAUAUAUCUGAUCGGAAUAGAUCACGUCACAUGUAAACAGUUGACCAGAGAUCUUCAACUGGAAUGAAUUCAAUCGGAAUGCCAAAAGAUCUGCACGUAAUUCUGGUUAUUGUCCAGAGGUGUUAAUGACAGUGUGAAUGGUUGUUUGUCUCCGCAUGUGCCGUGUGAUUGGCGGGCGACCAGUCCAUUUGAAUUUGUUUCCUGGUGUCUCACACUUUCCACACUCUGGGAUUAUUAUUUAUUUAUUUUUUUUAAACAAAAAAAAAAAAGAGGACAAUCCUUUGUGGACUCAACUGGGCCAACAUUGAUGCAACACACACGCUGCAAUAAAAACUGGAGUUCACACACAUGCACACGCAUAUACGCACACACACAGUAUUUAUAGCACCAUACAUCAGAGGAUAUAAACAUUUUUUUAGUAAGACUAAUAUAAAACUGAAAACUGUCUAAACCGCUAAUGUUGAAAAUAUUUUUUUUUUUUGCUCAAAAACCUUAAGUGCGUUGAUGCAGAUACACAUGCAUAGUAUUUAUAUCACCAUACUUUAGGAGACUUGACGAUAGUAUAUUUAUUUAUUUAUAAAUACAUCGGAACCUCUUUGGUCGAACACAAUCCGUUCUGGGAUGCCGGUCAACCUCCUAUUAGUUCAAAGUUCAGAACAAUAUUUCCAUCAUAAAACCUCUAUUAACUGUACAGACAAGGGUUUAGGUAACGUUUUAACAUUUUCAACCAUCGUACAAGUAUAAGAAUAUGUUAACUACAAUUAAUAUUCAAACUCCACAAAGGUAACAGAUGACUGAUAAUGGCGUAAUAAAUAAAGUUGUAGCAGUAGCUACACACAAGUGUACCAAAAAAAAGUUCUAAACAGUAAAAUGUAAAAAUAAUACCUCUGCCUUAACUUUGGUAACAAAUGACUCGGGCAUGUAUGAUGACACUGGAAUCUGACUGGCAUAAAUAUGAGGCCAACUUGACAUAACGGUUUAUACAAUUUUCUAAAUUCUUCUUUUCCCCUCAUGUUCUUCUUCUUUCAACACUCCUUAUUUAGGCUGCUACUCCUUUUCGAAUAAGUGUCCCCAGAAAAGCCAAAUGAACAACACGCAGUUAAUCCUAUGAUGCUCACUGUAAUGAGUUUAAGUUGACCUCUUGCGAAUAAUUCGUGACUCCCGUUGGGAUUUUGAGGAUGUUCAACUGGAGAGGUUCCACUGUGACAAUUUGUGUCUGAAGCCCACCAAUGGGCUUCAGUUACAACAUGUUGGGAAGUGUCUUCAUGUUAAACGGGAAAACUAAACUAUUUCUCAGCAGCCUGAACUAAAAUUGUUUUGUUUUGUUUAGUUGCGUAUUUGUAAGUAUAGUGAUGCAAAAACACACGCACACACCAGGGUGGCCUACCUGGUUGCUGCUGCUGCUGACUUUUCACCUUUGACCUCACCACUGUUUGCCGCCGGCUCCUGAUUGGCUGCCUGCGGGCUCCGAGCUCAACCGGGGUUGGUCGAUUCAGGUGCAUAACUUAAACAUACGCUGACCAGCCACAGCUUUGUUAACACUUGCAAAAUAUGAUCUCUCAUACAAGAGCUGUAUCAAAUAUUGUGCCUAUACAAAGAUAGGAAUGUUCAGUUUUGAUUGACACUGUCAGUGAUGUAUUGAUUUAACAAUUGAAAAUCUUCAUUAUUGUGUUUGUCAUUUUCAAUGGUGGGGAACUGCAUUAGAUCAUAAUGACAGCUGUGUAUAUUUCGCUUACUUCAUCGAGACAUUGCUCUCUGUGAGCAUUUUUACCUUGGUGAACCAGAAUUUUGAAUAUGGCGCAUGUAUAUUAUACAGUACUGUGCCAUUGGUCAUGAUGCUCCGGCUGGUCGGUGACGCGUCAUGGGAAAUGUAGUCAGUGUGUGGAGGCAAAAAAUUAAAAAGCCUCAUGUUUAACUUAACUGGCCACUAAAUGCAUUUAUCUUGGUAUUGUUCAUGUUAUUUAUUUUGUUGAAACACUGUGAUUUUAUUUGUGCAUAUAUAAACAGGAAGCCUUGAACAUCCAGCUUAAAGCUGCGUUUGUUUCGUGGGGUGUUACGUUC